AUGCCUCUCCUCCUCUUGCUGCUCCUGCUGCCAAGCCCCUUACACCCCCACCCCACCUGUGAGGUCUCCAAAGUGGCCAGCCACAUAGAAGUGAACUGUGACAAGAGGAAUCUGAGAGUGCUGCCUCCAGACCUGCCGAGAGACGCAACCAUCCUCCACUUGAGUGAGAACCUCCUGUACAGCUUCUCCAUGGCAUCCCUGGUGCCUUUAACUCACCUCACUCAGCUGUACCUAGAUCAGUGUGAGCUGACCAAGCUCCAGGUUGAUGGGACGCUGCCACUGCUAGGGACCCUAGAUCUAUCCCACAAUAAAUUGCAAAGCCUGCCCUUCCUAGGGCAGGCAUUGCCUGCUCUCACUAUUCUGGAUGUCUCCUUCAACCAGCUGACCUCGCUAUCUCCUGGUGCCUUCCGUGGUCUUGGCCACCUCCAAGAGCUCUACCUGAAAGGCAAUGAGCUGAAGACUCUGCCCGCAGGGCUCCUGAUGCCCACACCCAAGCUGGAGAAACUCAGUCUGGCUAACAACAACUUGACUGAGCUGCCCCCUGGGCUCCUGAAUGGGCUGGAGAAUCUUGACACACUUCUCCUUCAAGAGAACUUGCUGCGCACAAUACCAAAGGGCUUUUUUGGGGACCACCUCCUGCCUUUUGCCUUUCUUCAUGGGAACCCCUGGUUAUGUAACUGUGAGAUCCUCUAUUUUCGUCGCUGGCUUCAGGACAAUGCCGAAAAUGUCUACGUAUGGAAGCAAGGUGUGGACGUCAAGGCCAUGACCUCCAAUGUGACCAGUGUGCAGUGUGACAAUUCAGAUAAGAUUUCCAUCUACAAAUACCCAGGGAAGGAAUGCCCCACCCUUGGUGAUGGAGAUGACGAAGACCUAUAUGAUGACUACACGGAAGAGGACACUGAGAGUGAUAAGGUGCGUGCUACAAGGACUGUGGUCAAGUUCCCCACCAAAGCCCAUACAACCCACAGGGGUCUAUUCUACUCGUGGUCUACUGCUUCUCUAGACAGCCAGAUGACCUCCUUGCAUCCAACCCAAGAAUCCACUAAGAAGCAGACCACAUUCCCACCCAGAUGGACCCUAGAUUUCACCACAUUCUCCAAAUCUGUCACAUUCUCCAAAACUCCAAAAUCCAUUACUGAACCCACCACAAGCACGACCACCUCAGAGCUCACCUCAAGCCCGACCACCCCAGAGCCCACCUCAAGCCCGACCACCCCAGAGGCCACCACAAGCCCGACCACCCCAGAGCCCACCACAAGCCCGACCACCCCAGAGCCCACCACAAGCCCGACCACCCCAGAGCCCACCACAAGCCCGACCACCCCAGAGCCCACCACGAGCCCGACCACCCCAGAGCCCGCCACGAGCCCGACCACCCCAGAGCCUGCCACGAGCCUGACCACCCCAGAGCCCGCCACGAGCCCGACCACCCUAGAGCCUGCCACAAUCCUGAUCACCCCAGAGCCCACUUCAAGCCCGACCACCCCAAAAACCAUCAUAUUUUUAACUACCACAAAACCCAUCUCAUUCUUAGAAUCCACCAAAAAAACCAUCCCUGAAUUUGAGAAGCAACCAAAGGUCCGUGGGGUGGCCCAAGGGCAUUUUGACAGCUCCAGAAACGAGCCUUUUCUCCAUCCCAACUUUUGCUGCCUCCUCCCCCUGGGCUUCUAUGUCUUGGGUCUCCUCUGGCUGUUCUUGGCCUGUGUGAUCCUCAUCCUGCUGCUGACCUGGGUUGGGCAUGUGAAACCACAGGCCUUGGACUCCAGCGAGGGUAUUGCUCUGGCCACAGCCACGCAAACCACACAUCUAGAGCUGCAGAGAGGAAGGCAAGUGACAGUGCCCCGGGCCUGGCUGCUCUUCCUUCAAAGCACACUCCCCACUUUCCGCUCCAGCCUCUUCUUAUGGGUACGGCCUAAUGGCCAAAUGGGGCCUCUAGUGGCAGGAAGAAGGCCCUCAGCUCUGAGUGAAGGUCGUGGUCAGGACCUGCUGGGCACAGUGAGCAUUAGGUACUCUGGCCACAGCCUCUAA